AUGAGUGCAAGCAUUGAUAUUCCAGAGAAAGUGGCAGAGAAGCCCAAUUCCAGGGAGCAUUGGAAGAUAUGCAUCCUCGGAGACAUGGGCGUCGGGAAGACAGCUUUAGCGGAGGGCUUUCUCGGGCGUGCUGCUGACUCUGGAUCUCCAGAGGGUCUAGCCAUUGCCAAAGAGAUCACAGUAGAUGGGCGGACUAGCACUAUCGAGAUCUUCGACCCGGUUGACACCGACCCAUCCGAACCGCUCGUCUUCCGUCCUGGCCAAGGGAUACAAGAAGCGGACGCUUUUAUCCUGCUAUACUCUAUAACCUUCCGCGGCUCCUUCGACCGCCUCACCUCUUUCCACUCGCAUAUUCACGAGCAGCAUACCAAGUCCCAGCAUGGUCCCCCUUUCAUCCUCGUCGGCAACAUGUCCGACAUGGACGAAUCAGACCCGGAGGCUCGGGAAGUGAAUACCGACGAGGCGGAGGAGCUGGCGAAGAAGUGGGGCUGCGCGUUCUACGAGACGAGCGUCAAGGCCAACCUGCGCAACGUGGAUAACGUAUUCGAAGAGCUCGUUAGGGAGACGAGGAAGAAGGCCGCAGCGGACGGUAUGGGUAAAGGUAAUGAGAAGCGAGAGGAAGACACACCGGGGAAGAAGGACGAAGUGGAGGACGAGGAUCGUCAUGGAUCGAAGUGUUGUGGCCGUGGGUGUGUCAUCAUGUAGAGCGAACUGUGUGGGUCGCUGCGUAUGGUUUCUUUCAUGCAUACUUCGGAUCGAUCAUGGACGGGCUCUCGGACUACUAAUAUUCAGUUAGGUUUACUUCUAUCACGAUCGUCAUGCAAUCAUCCUCUCCCUUGGUGCCUUCGACCAGAGCGCUCGCAAGAACAUCAGCAUCUGUAAAAAUUCGAACGUUGCACAUUCGCAU